AUGGCUUCCCAAGAUUACGUAGCGUCCUUCAAUAGGCAUGUAACCGACCAUCUUUCUUCUCAUGAACGCGACCGCCACGCCCCGUCCUUCCGUCAGCAUGCAACCGACUAUCUCUCCUCGUAUGAACGCGACCGUCAGGCACCAUCUAGCCAGGCCGUCUACACCACAAGCAAUGGAGCUCCUGUGGCGCAUCCCUACGAAGCACAGCGAUGUGGCGAGAACGGACCGCUCUUGCUGCAAGACUUCCACCUGAUCGAUCUUCUUGCCCACUUCGACCGUGAACGCAUCCCCGAGCGUGUCGUGCACGCCAAGGGCUCCGGGGCACACGGGUUCUUCGAGUGCACCAACCCAAUUCCCGACUUGACAGUAGCCGACCUCUUCAGCUCCAAGGGGAGGAGAUGCCCCAUCACAGUCCGGUUCAGCACCGUCGGCGGCGAGGCUGGCUCUCACGACUGCGCUCGCGAUCCGCGCGGAUUCGCCGUAAAGUUCCGCACCGACGAGGGCAACUGGGAUCUUGUGGCCAACAACACGCCUGUCUUCUUCGUCCGUGACCCUGCCAAGUUCCCCCACUUCAUCCACACCCAAAAGCGCCAUCCCUCAACCCAUCUGACGCCCGGCGAUGAUUCGACCAUGUUCUGGGACUAUUUCUGCCACAACCCGGAGUCGGUGCACCAGCUGAUGAUCCUGAUGGGCGACCGAGGCAUCCCCGACGGCUACCGAAAGAUGCACGGCUACUCGGGCCACACGCUCAAGCUCAUCAACAAGGACGGAGGCUGGGUGUACUGCCAGAUCCACCUCAAGAGCAUGCAAGGCACCGCCUUCCUCACCGACGACGACCUGGCCCACAAUCCGCGCUCCCCCGACUACGCGCAACGGGAUCUCUACGAGGCCAUCGCCGGCGGCGACUUCCCGCGGUGGAGCGUCGAGCUGCAGACCAUGACGGCGCAGCAGGCCGAGCGGCUCUGGGAGACGCAGAAGAUCAAUGUGCUGGACCUCACGCACGUGUGGCCGCACCAGCAGUUCCCGCUGUUCAAGGUGGGCGAGAUCACGCUCAACGAGAACGCCGUCAACUACUUCGCCGAGAUCGAGCAGGCGGCCUUCAACCCAUCCCACAUGGUCCCCGGCAUCGAGCCCUCGGCCGACCCGGUCCUGCAGAGCCGCCUGUUCAGCUACCCGGACACCCACCGCCACCGCCUGGGCGUCAACUACCAGCAACUCCCCGUCAAUGCCCCGCGCCCCACCGCCGUCCCGACCGCCAGCUUCCAGCGCGACGGCGCCAUGGCCAUCUUCAACCAGGGCGCCCGCCCCAACUACCUCAGCAGCAUCGACCCGGUGCGGUGCCGGCCGCGCACCGUCGACCACGACCGGACCCACGGCCACUUCGUCGGGCGCGCCGUCACCUUCCUGUCGGAGAUCCGGCCCGAGGACUUCGCCGCCCCGGGUGCGCUGUGGCGGCGCGUGUGGGACGAAGGUGCGCGCCAGCGGUUCAUCGGCAACACGAGCCGCAUGAUGGCGACGUGCCGCGAGCAGGAGAUCAUCAGGCGCCAGAUCGCAAUCUUCUAUGAGGUCGACCCCGACAUCGCCGCCCGGCUGGAGAAGGCGACGGGCGUGCGGGGCUACCAGGGGAUCGCGGGUUUGCGGUUCAAUGGGACCCAUAAUGGCAUGGCAAAGGAUGCGGGCUUGAGGCCUGCUAAUGGGGUUGCGUUGACGGUUGGGAAGGCGGCGUCGGAUAACAAUGGUGGUCUGUCAUAUGGAACACAUACCCUCGCAAGCGAGGCUAGAUUGUAGAAUCAUGUAUUGUGAGAGAG